UUCCCAACCAUAAUAUUUUUUUUAUAUAUUUCUUUUCCACCGGACUCCACCCAUUUUCUUAACUAAAAUUUAUAAUUUCUCUGCUUUAACAAUCAAUAAUUUAAUGACCAAAUAUUUAAUUUCUUUUUCUUUUCCCCCACUGUAUUAAUUUUUUAAUCACCAUUUCGGACAUUGAGUAAAGUUAGCAACCCAAAAUUAGCUUAACAUCAGAACCCCCCAAUUUUCCAUUUUCUCUUUAAUAGAGAGCAAAGAAAAAUCAAUCUUUGUCUUCAAUCUCACUCUUUAUGUACCAAAAAUUAAUUUUUUUUUUUUAAAAAAUUAGAUCAUCACCAUUAAAGUUCUGUUUUUGUUUUACUCUGCUUUCUAAUAGCUACAAAUAUUAAAUUAACAGUCUCAGUUUUGCUGUAGUUUGAAUCUUACUCUGCUCUGUAAUCUGGUUAUUUUCAAGCUUUUGAAUUAAAUCCCUUUUCUCUUUCUAACAUUUUUCGGGGUUUGAGGUUUUGUGGUUUUUGGUGUGUUGUUUUUUACUUUCUUUUUUUUUUCCUCGAAUUUUUCAAGGAAUAAUUGGAGGUUUUGGGUGUUUGGGUUUCAGGAAAAUAAUGGGUUUUUGGUGAGAAAUUGAUAGAAUUUAUUUUUGGGUUUUGGGUAUGGAAGCAAGAGAAGGUAUCAGUAGUAGUGGGGUUACAGUGGUGGCAUCUGAUGCUCCUUCGGACUACCAUGUCGCACCUAGGACGGAAAACCCUAGUCAGACCAGUGGAUCAACGCCGGCUGUGACCCCCCAAGUGGUUGUUCCGCCGCCCGCUGCGGCUGCGACUGCGACUGCGACUGCGACUGCGACUGCGGCGGUGGCGGGUGUCACAACGGUGAAGAAGAAGAGAGGUAGGCCGAGGAAGUAUGGACCUGACGGGUCAGUGACUAUGGCGCUUUCGCCGAAGCCGAUAUCAUCUUCAGCGCCACCGGCCGUGAUCGACUUCUCGGCCGAUAAGCGGGGAAAGGUCCGGCCGGCUGGGUCAGCUAGCAAGCAUCAACAAUCCAAGAUGGAUUUGGAGAAUUUAGGUGAUUGGGUUUCAUGUUCUGUUGGUGCCAAUUUCACCCCCCAUAUUAUAACUGUUAAUUCUGGAGAGGAUGUUACCAUGAAGGUUAUAUCAUUUUCUCAACAAGGGCCUCGGGCCAUAUGCAUUCUCUCUGCAAAUGGUGUAAUUUCAAGUGUUACGCUUCGUCAGCCUGAUUCUUCUGGGGGUACUUUGACAUAUGAGGGUCGUUUCGAGAUACUCUCCUUGACUGGAUCGUUUAUGCCAGCCGAGAGUGGUGGAAUAAGAAACAGAUCUGGUGGCAUGAGUGUUUCUUUAGCUAGCCCAGAUGGACGUGUUGUAGGGGGUGGAGUUGCUGGCUUAUUAGUAGCUGCCGGCCCUGUGCAGAUUGUUGUAGGGAGUUUUCUAGCGGGCAACCAACAUGAGCAAAAGCCCAAGAAACAGAAAACUGACUCCAUAAUAGCUGCCACACCAACUGCUGCCAUUCCUAUUUCUAGUGCGGAGAUGGAAGAGCCAUACGGUGUACAGGGGCAGCGCACUUGAGCUACCCCAAAACGGAAUCUCUCUUCAUAACUGGUCAACUGCCUCCAGACUUGAGGAGUAAACCAACUGAUAUCAAUGUCACUCUGCCUGGUUAACAUUUUGAGGGCCUCAACAGAUUUAGCAAUACGAGGUUUGUAACUGACCACAUUGGCAGUUAAAACUCCAAUUGAUGAAUCUCACUUGUUUGUUUGUGUCUGUAAUCUUAUUACUGUUUAUUUGUACCAGCAUAUUGAUUUCUGGUGGGCGUUUGUGUUCUUUCCAUGUUGUAGUUCAACUAGCUAGCACAUUAGGAAGGCUUCUUCAGCUACUUUUGUCUUGUAGAAUAUUUCGGUGUAUUAUUUACCCCUGGAGUUUCAUUUCGGGUGAGUUAUGUACUGUGCUUUUAAUAUUGGUGUCAUUGUAACA